UAACCUUCCUGGAUCUAUAAGCAGCGCACGCUGUGGAGUACCGGAGCAGUGUAUGUGGAUGGUGACGACGGAGGCAUUUUGCACAAGUAAUAUUGAAACGUUACUCCUACUACAGUAGCGGCGUGUUUGGGGGAACUAUCUGUGCUUUUAGGAUAGUUUAGAUAAACUUUCAACGCACACAAUGGCUGAAAAGAUAGACAUGGAGGACGGAAAGACAUCCAACGGCGAGGCGCACCUCGAUGAGCCGGUGGCCAACGGACCAGCCCCCCUGAAGAAGAAUCCAGAGCCGAUGCCCCAGAGAGUAAAGAGAAUAGUGAUGGCCAACCUGCUCGUAAUCCUCACUGUAGCCGGGGUCAUCAUCGGGGUUUUUAUUGGACUUGGUGUGCGCAACGUGGCGCUGACCAGGACCCAGGUCAUCUACAUCGGGUUCCCCGGUGAGCUGCUCAUCCGGCUGCUUAAAAUGAUCAUAAUCCCUCUUGUGGUGUGUAGUUUAGUUUCUGGGGCCGCCAGCAUCGACCCCAAAGCCCUGGGCAAACUUGGUGGCUGGGCCAUGCUCUUUUUCUUGGUCACCACGUUAAUCGCGUCGUCCAUUGGUGUUGUGAUGGCUUUUAUACUGACUCCUGGCUCCGUUACUAUAACCAAACCAAAGGUGCCUGGCUUGGAUGACAGCGUUCCUGAAGCCAAAGAAGUGAUAGACUCCUUUUUAGAUUUAAUCAGAAACAUCUUCCCCUCAAAUCUGGUGUCAGCCGCCUUUCAGUCAUAUGCAACCAGCUACAAGCUGAUCACCAAAAAUGGCACAAAUGGAAACUUUAAUAUCACAGUGGAGAAGGUGCCCUUUGGAACAGACCAGGAUGGCAUGAAUAUUCUGGGCCUUGUAGUUUUUGCUAUUGUGUUUGGCGUGGCGUUAAGGAAGCUUGGAGAGGAAGGAGAGAUCCUCAUCAAGUUUUUCAACUCCUUCAACGAAGCCACCAUGGUGCUGGUUUCCUGGAUCAUGUGGUAUGCCCCUCUUGGUAUCAUGUUCCUUGUAGCUGGCAAGAUCGUGGAGAUGGACGAUGUCGGCACUCUGUUUGCCAGUCUGGGGAAAUACAUCGCCUGCUGCAUCAUUGGACAUGCUAUCCACGGCUUUUUAGUGCUGCCGGCCAUCUAUUUCGUCAUCACGAGGAAGAACCCAUACACCUUCCUGUGGGGGAUAUUCACAGCUCUGGCUACGGCCUUCGGAACAAGCUCCAGCUCUGCCACGCUGCCCCUGAUGAUGAAGUGUGUGGAGGAAAAUAACGGCGUAUCCAAGCACAUCAGCCGCUUCAUCCUGCCCAUUGGAGCGACGGUCAACAUGGAUGGAGCUGCUCUCUUCCAGUGUGUGGCUGCUGUCUUCAUCGCUCAGCUGAACAAUGUUUCUUUGAACUUCAUCCAAGUCAUUACCAUCCUUGUUACAGCAACAGCCUCGAGUGUAGGAGCUGCAGGUAUACCUGCUGGAGGUGUGCUGACCCUUGCGAUUAUCCUGGAGGCAGUAAAUCUGCCGACCAAUGACAUCUCUCUCAUCCUGGCUGUCGACUGGCUGGUUGACCGUACCUGCACAGUUCUGAAUGUAGAGGGUGAUGCCUUUGGAGCCGGGCUCCUGCAGUUCUUCGUGGACCGCACAUCCAAACAGGACGAGGCUACAGAGCUGAGUGAUAUCAGGUUGGAGGGAGACCCAUCAGCCGCUGCCCCCGAACACUCACCGCUCAUCGAGAAGAGAGGCGGCCAUGAUAGUGCAGAUGGUCCAAAGACUGUUCUCUCGGAGUCUGUCAUGUAAUCCAGCUGCUGAAAAACAUAAUAAUCCUCUCUGCUGACACUCUUACCAGCCAAAACCUGAGGUACCCGCCCCAUUCUCCCUUCUUCCCCUGCCCUGAAGAAAAAGAUAUAGAGAGGAUGAGUAUGGACACUACAAAAACAGUGCAAACAAAUGCUCUCUGUCUUCAAAAUUUUUCUGUGUGGAAAGCAAACAGCUGUAGGGGAAUAUUCAAAAUAUAUAUUGUAUGCAGUAACUUGUUCUUCAUUUUUGAGGAACUAUAACACUGGCGGGCUGCUUUUUGAAAUAGGUCAGAGAUACAUUUGGUCCUUAUCAAUUUUUAUAGUCAGAAAUGUAUCAUGUCAAACCUCAGUUUAUUAUGUCCUGUGUGUGAGGAUGUACUCUUAGAUGUCAAGUAGCUGGGCUAGGCUGGCAUAAUGCUGGAUAUUGUGUUACAAAUAGAAGAAAUGUUGCGUUAAAAUGUUACACAAGGCCAUUUUAAUCUGUAUUACAUCUUUAUCUGUUGGAACUCUGUUACCUGUACACACAAAUCUAUUCUAAUCUAUUCUUAAUUAAGGCAAUAAUUUUAACCAGUUUUUAACCAAAUUUUCUGACUUUGAGAGUUGAUAAGGACCACUGUAGAGCUGCAGAAGUUUUAUAUUCUUCCUCUGGAAUCCGUUAACUUCAAAAGUUUCCGUUACUUUUUUCUUUGUUCGAUAAUUUGAGAUUAUGUUUUGUCGUACAUAAUUAUUGGCACUUUCAUGCAGAUGUAAUGUAAUGUUUGUAAACUAUAGGUCUUGUAUAUUAUCGGACAAUAGUUCUGUUCUGUGUGCAUGAAAAUGGCUGUGAUAAUGUAUGUAAAGCUGCAUUUUAGGACAAAAACUUUCCCAAGGUACUCUGAACUUUAGCUAGUACUCUGUGUUUCCACCAUCUAGACCAGGGUUUAGAUAAAGCACCAGACUUGAUUAUAACCUCUUAAAGAUCCCUGCCUUGGGGGUAUUAUUUUGACAAUUGCAGGGAGCUUUAUGAACCAUUUAGACCUUUUUUUGACUUGCCAGCUUAUUUUCUAAAUCAUAUUUGGUGGAAACACAGAUGUUUAGUCCUGUGAAAAGAGGCUUAGACCUCUCCUGGUAUUGGUGGAAAUGCAUCAUAUGAUAAAAAGCACAAAAAGUGUCCUGUUGGUUGUUUUUGAAGGGUUUAAAGCUUUUAUCAGGCUGUGGAUGUGUCUACUGGUAGUCCAUGCCAAUGUUUCUCUUAUCUACAAAACCUUAUCAUGAAACGUAGAAAUAUAGUGGUUAAAACCCGUUAUAAAGAUUGUAUUUCUACUCCGAAAGCACACUCUAUAAUCGCAGUAACGUCCCAAGGCUGAGAGGAUAAACUUUUUCUCAAGGAUUCAGUAUGUAUAUAUGGACACGGAGCAACCUCCUCUGAGCAUUUGUGCCUCUUCUCAUGGAUGUCAGUGCAAUGGCAGGCAUCUUAACCUCAGGUUUCACUUUGGUUUGAAGACUCGUCCUUUAACUGCUUCUUAAUAUUCUGAGACCACAAAUAUCACAUCGACUCAGCACACAGGAAUGACACCACGAACUCCUGAUAGAAUUGAAUAACAUUUCCAGGAAGAUAUGCUUCUCUCUGUCUCUCCUUUUUUUAUUUUAGCCAAUGUUUCACUAAUGUCUUUGCUUUAUGUAGGUUCCAAAAUCACAGAAAAGCACAAAUUGGUUUAAAGGCACAGUCUGUGGCUAGUUAACUGUGGUGUAAAGUGUGGUGUGAGUAACAGAAGUCCUUCAGAAUAGUAUCAGUGGUUUUCUGUCAUAAGGAUGUGUUGUGUGGGUCUCAUUUGGCCGUGUUCAUGUUCUGACUGUGAAGGCCAAAAUCAAAGUACUAGUUCUGGGUUUAGGCCUUGUAUCGUAGUAGACAUAUCAGAUUAUUACUUGUAGUAAAUAUUAUUUAUUUCCAUAAUCACAAUCCAAAGAUUUUUAAGUCAGUGUUUUCACAUGCAAGCAACUCCAUUUUUGUCUGUCUUCAUUUAAUAACUGGUUUGUGAAAGGUUUUUUUUAUUACUUGGGUCUUUUGUCAUCUUUUUAAGUGUUGGCUUUGUUAGCGUGAGGUGCUUCCAUUUGGGGUUUUUUGUUUUUCUUCUGCAGUUUAGGAAGCUUUGGAGACUGUUCUGUAUCAAUGAUGAGAUGAGUUGUAUUGAUCGUACCCUAAAAUCUUUUCAAAAACAUCAUAUUCUUUUAAUGUUGACAGUAAAAUGCACUAUGAAAUGUUUAUACCAUCCGUUCAUACCAUCCAUCCAUAUCAUGUUAUUACUUUAAAGGUCUACCACAUGAAUGGAGUUUACGUCAUAAUAGGCACUAUCUUUGUAAUUGGUUUCAGUCUAUAGUUUAUGUGGGCUGUAGUUUGUACUAGAUCUGCGGUAUUUCCUAUGUUAUUAUUGCAGGCCCAAUGUUCAGUCACUACAUUUUUAUGGCAUAUGAUCAUGCAAAAAAAAGGUGAACAGUACCCUACAAACAGCUAUGAAGCUUCUGAUUUGUCUUGAUUCCUUUUUGCUACAAGACUGUAAAGAUGUUAACAUUCCCCUGCAAUCUUUACUACAUGGAUGUCUGGUGCGACCAUACUGUAUGUGUGUGGAUGUUGUAUGCAUGUGGUGGGUUAUUAAAGUGGGGCUAUGUUUAAAAUACUUGGUCACACUGAAUAUACUGUCUUUAGUUUCUAAACAAUAAACCCCUUUUUAUUAUA